AUGGGCGACGCUGGCCUUUCUCAAGAUAUGGGUUCGCAAUCAAACAAGGACGAAUUUACCAUUCUCGUCACGGGCUUCGGGCCGUUUCGCGAACAAUACCCCGUGAACCCGUCAUGGGAGAUUGCCCGCGGCCUGCCCGCCUACCUGCCGCCUCUGCGCGCCAAGGACCCUGCCGCCCGAUUGAGCGCCGAUGCGACGGCUGACAUGCCCCCCGUGCGCAUUCUCGUGCACCCGGAGGCGAUCCGCGUCACCUACAAAAACGUCCGCGGCCUGGUGCCGUCGUUUUGGGACGGCGAGUACGGCGGCCAGAGGAUUGACGCCUGCAUCCACAUUGGCAUGGCCAGCGCACGCCCACAGUACGCGCUGGAGCGGCGCGCGCACCGCACGGGGUACUUCAAGCCCGACAUUUCGGGCGAGUUCCUCGAGGACGAGCAGCAGGGCAAGCGCGACGACGAGAAUUGGAUCUGGCACGGCCUGCCGGAUGAGCUCGAGUCGGCCUACGACAUCCCCAACGUCUACCUGCGCUGGAAGGAGCUCAGUUCUCCCGACAUGGAUUUGCGAAUCUCCGACGACCCCGGACGGUACCUCUGCGACUUCAUCUACUACUCCAGCCUCGCGACCCUCCGCAAGCAGCAUCGCCCCGGCAAGGUCUGCUUCUUCCACGUCCCGGCCGAUGCCUCCGAUGCGGCCGUUGAGCGUGGCCGCGAGCUGGCGGUCAACCUGAUUCGAUCCAUUGCCGAGAGCGAGAUUUCUAAGAAGAAGCGCGCCGCCAAAUAA